CUGACCUGAUAAAUACGUUUGUUCAAGGAACGACUGAAAACCACGUGGUCCACAGGAAACAAAGAAAUUUUCAAUUAAUUAUUUCUAUUUUCAAAGUUUAAUUGUGAAAACAACGAACAAUAAACAAUAACAAACAAUAUCAUUAUUUGUUUGAAGCAAUAAGAGUAAAAAAAAAUAUUUCAAGAGACAUGGAUGCCGAAUUAGUGUUCGAAGAUUUCCCUUCGGUGAAGGGAAAGAGUUUUGGUGCUCCAAUUGAUGUGGAUGGCGAGGUUGUUUUUCAAACCGGAAUGGUGGGUUAUCCUGAAUCGAUGACCGAUCCAUCGUACCAUGGUCAAAUUUUGGUGCUAACCUAUCCGAUGAUUGGAAAUUAUGGCAUUCCAGGCGAUGAAAAAGAUGAAUAUAAUUUGCCAAAAUUCUUUGAAUCGUUGAAUAAAAUUUGGGUUGCUGGUCUUGUUGUUGAUGAAUUGUGUGAUCAGCCGUCACAUUGGCGUGCCAAACAAUCGUUGUCCGAUUGGAUGAAGAAGCAUAAUAUUCCGGGAAUUAGCGGCGUUGAUACGCGCGCAUUGACAAAAAAGAUUCGUGAAAAGGGCACCAUUAUGGGUCGAAUCGUUCAAAAUGGAUCAUCGCGUAAAAAUGCUCAAUUCAUCGAUCAAAGUAAACGUAAUUUUGUGGAUGAGGUGUCUGUGAAAGCUGUCAAAACGUAUAAUCCAAGUGGCAGUCCACGUAUUUGUGCUGUUGAUUGUGGUUUAAAAUUGAAUCAAAUCCGUUGUUUCCUGAAACGAGGUGCACGUGUCGACGUCGUACCUUGGAAUCACAAACUGGACGCGAAAGAAUAUGAUGGCCUUUUCUUGAGUAACGGUCCAGGUGAUCCAGUUGUGUGUGAAAAGACUGUUGCCAACAUUCGAAAUGUGAUUGAGUCGGGUGUGAAUAAGCCAAUUUUCGGUAUUUGUUUGGGUCAUCAAUUGCUUUCGACAGCCAUCGGAUGCAAAACCUAUAAAAUGCUCUAUGGUAAUCGUGGUCAUAAUUUGCCUUGCGUUCACAAAGGAACCGGCAAUUGCUACAUGACAUCACAGAAUCAUGGUUAUGCGGUUGAUUCAAAAACAAUUCCAGAACAAUGGGAACUUUUAUUUGAGAACAGUAACGAUGGUAGCAAUGAAGGUAUCGUGCACACCACGAAACCAUACUUUUCUGUUCAGUUCCAUCCAGAACAUACAGCUGGUCCGGAUGAUCUUGAAUGUUUGUUUGAUGUAUUUUUGGAUGCGGUGAAAAACAAUAGCAACACCGCUUUUAAUGUGAAACAACGUAUUAUCGAUGAGUUGGAGUAUAAACCGGGAAAAAAUGUUGAAAUUACGAGGCCACGUAAAGUGCUCAUUUUGGGAUCGGGUGGUCUUUCAAUUGGUCAGGCCGGUGAAUUCGAUUAUUCUGGUUCACAAGCGAUUAAAGCAUUAAAAGAAGAGCACAUUCAAACGAUUUUAAUAAAUCCAAACAUUGCCACCGUCCAAACAUCUCGCGGAAUGGCCGAUAAAGUUUACUUUUUACCAAUCACCGCCGAAUACGUCGAGCAAGUGAUUAAAGUUGAACGACCACAAGGUGUCUUACUCACAUUUGGGGGACAAACAGCGUUGAAUUGCGGUGUUGAAUUGGUGCGAAAUGGUGUAUUUGAUAAAUAUGGUGUGAAAAUUCUGGGAACACCAAUCGAAUCAAUUAUCGAAACCGAAGAUCGUGAAAUAUUUGCGAAGCGCGUCAAUUCGAUUGGAGAAAAAGUGGCACCAUCGGCAUGCGUUUAUUCAGUUGAAGGUGCUUUGACAGUUGCUGAGAAUUUGGGAUAUCCUGUGAUGAUUCGGGCUGCAUUUGCUUUGGGCGGUUUGGGCAGCGGUUUUGCAAACAACAAAGAUGAACUUGUUAAAUUGGCCGAACAAGGUUUAGCACAUUCGAAACAAUUGAUUAUUGACAAAUCACUCAAAGGAUGGAAAGAAGUUGAAUAUGAAGUCGUUCGUGAUGCGUACAAUAAUUGCAUCACAGUGUGUAAUAUGGAAAACGUCGAUCCGCUCGGGAUUCAUACAGGUGAAUCGAUCGUUGUGGCUCCAUCACAAACGCUCAGCAAUCGUGAAUAUUAUAUGUUGCGUGCAACCGCUUUGAAAGUCAUUCGACACUUUGGCAUUGUCGGUGAAUGUAACAUUCAGUAUGCCCUCAGUCCCGAUUCAGAAGAAUUUUAUAUCAUUGAAGUGAAUGCACGUUUGUCACGAAGUUCGGCACUUGCCAGCAAAGCAACCGGAUACCCAUUGGCUUAUGUUGCUGCUAAGUUGGCACUGAAUAUUCCAUUGCCUGAAAUCAAAAACACCGUCACCGGAGUGACCACAGCUUGUUUUGAGCCCAGUUUGGAUUACUGUGUUGUGAAAGUGCCACGAUGGGAUUUGGCGAAAUUUAUGCGCGUCAGUAAAAAUAUUGGUAGCUCAAUGAAAAGUGUUGGAGAAGUAAUGGCAAUUGGUCGUAAAUUUGAAGAAGCAUUCCAAAAGGCAUUGCGAAUGGUUGAUGAAAAUGUAAAUGGUUUUGAUCCGUAUCUGAAAGAAGUGAAUGACACUGAAUUGAAACAACCGACCGACAAGCGAAUGUAUGUUUUAGCCGCAGCACUAAAAUCCGGCUAUUCCGUUGAGAAGCUAUACGAAUUAACCAAAAUCGAUCCAUGGUUUUUGAAUAAAUUCCAAAAUAUUAUCGAACAUACUACGAGCCUGGAGAAAUUAGGCAUUCUCUCCGAUGAGAUGUUGAUUCAAUCGAAAAAACUUGGAUUUUCCGACAAACAAAUUGGACAAUUUGUUGGCAGCACCGAAUUGGCUGUGAGAAAACAUCGAAAAGAAAUCGGUGCAUUGCCAUCAAUUAAGCAAAUCGAUACGGUGGCUGGUGAAUGGCCAGCAUCAACAAAUUACUUGUAUUUGACAUACAAUGGCAAUGAAAAUGACAUUGAAACGCCAAGCACCAAUUACACAAUGGUCAUUGGAUCGGGUGUGUAUCGAAUCGGAAGUUCAGUGGAAUUCGAUUGGUGUGCUGUCGGCUGUCUACGUGAACUCAAACAACUCGGACGCAAAACAAUUAUGGUGAAUUACAAUCCAGAGACCGUUUCCACGGAUUAUGACAUGUGUGAUCGUCUGUAUUUCGAGGAGAUUUCAUUCGAAGUUGUGAUGGAUAUUUACGAGUACGAAGAUCCUGAAGGUAUCAUUUUAUCGAUGGGCGGUCAGUUGCCAAACAAUAUUUGCAUGGAUUUGCAUCGACAACAAGCGCGAAUUUUGGGCACAUCACCUGAAAAUGUUGACGGCGCUGAGAAUCGAUUUAAAUUUUCACGCAUGUUGGAUCGAAAAGGCAUUUUGCAACCACGAUGGAAAGAAUUGACCGAUUUAAGUUCAGCUAUAGCUUUUAGCAAUGAAGUCGGCUAUCCGUGUUUGGUUCGACCAUCUUAUGUACUAUCUGGUGCUGCAAUGAAUGUGGCACACAACGAUCAAGAUUUGGAAGAGUAUUUAAAAUCAGCGUCCGAUGUAAGCAAAGAACAUCCGGUGGUCAUUUCAAAAUUCUUGACUGAAGCCAAAGAAAUUGAUGUUGAUGCUGUGGCUUGUGAUGGCGAAAUUUUAUGCAUGGCUGUUUCCGAGCAUGUGGAAAAUGCUGGCGUUCAUUCGGGUGAUGCUACUUUGGUGACACCGCCACAAGAUAUUAAUAGCGAAACACUCGAACGUAUCAAGAUUAUUGCACGUGACAUUGCUGCUUUGUUGGAUGUGUCUGGUCCAUUUAAUAUGCAACUCAUUGCCAAAAAUAAUGAACUCAAAGUCAUUGAAUGCAAUGUUCGUGUGUCACGUUCAUUCCCAUUCGUUUCAAAAGCGCUUGGUUUUGAUUUUGUAGCAUUGGCCACACGAGUUAUUAUCGGUCUUGAUGUUGAACCAGUCAAUGUGCUCAAAGGAUGCGGAAAGGUCGGUGUAAAAGUACCACAAUUCAGUUUCUCGCGUUUGGCUGGUGCUGAUGUCACGUUAGGCGUUGAAAUGGCAUCAACUGGAGAGGUUGCGUGUUUUGGCGAUAAUCGCUACGAGGCAUAUCUAAAAGCAAUGCUCUCAACCAGUUUCCAAAUACCAAAAGGCGCCAUUCUUCUAAGUAUUGGAAGUUUCAAGCACAAAUUGGAGCUGUUGCCAUCCAUUCGUGCUCUGUCAAAAAUGGGCUACAAAUUAUACGCAUCGAUGGGCACUGGAGAUUUCUAUGCGGAACAUGGAGUUGAUAUCGAAUCGGUUCAUUGGACAUUCGAAAAACUCGAACAAGCCAGCGAUACUGGUGAAUUACAAUAUUUGGCUGAAUUUUUAGCAGAGAAAAGCAUUGAUUUGGUAAUCAAUUUGCCGAUGCGAAAUGGUGGAGCUCGUCGUGUAUCAUCGUUUAUAACCCAUGGUUAUCGUACCCGAAGAUUAGCCGUCGACUUAACGAUACCAUUGGUUACCGAUGUAAAAUGUACCAAAUUAUUGGUUGAAGCCAUGCGAAUGAUCGGAGGAGCACCUGUGAUGAAAACCCAUACCGAUUGCAUGACAUCACGUAAUAUUAAAAAAUUGCCUGGCUUCAUUGAUGUGCACGUGCACUUGCGUGAUCCAGGUGCGACCCACAAAGAAGAUUUCUCAUCGGGAACGGCAGCUGCACUAGCCGGCGGUGUGACGAUGGUACUUGCGAUGCCAAAUACAAAUCCGACAAUUACGGACAAGGACGCAUUCGAAUUGGUAAAAGACAUUGCAAAAAUGAAGGCACGCUGUGAUUAUGGUAUUUAUGUGGGUGCAUCGAGUGAAAACUAUGAUGUGAUUCAUGAACUGGCUGGUGAAGCUGCUGCGCUUAAAAUGUACCUCAAUCAAACAUUUUCGACACUUCAAUUGAACGAUAUGCUUGUGUGGAAGAAACACUUGAAAAAUUGGCCAAAAGGUGCUCCACUUGUUGUGCACGCCGAACGACAAUCAACUGCUGCCGUUAUAUUUUUGGCAAGUGUUUUGGAUCGUGCCAUUCAUAUUGCGCAUGUUGCACGCAAAGAAGAAAUGGAAAUCAUUCGGUCGGCAAAGAAACGCGGAAUGAAAAUCACCUGUGAGGUGUGUCCGCACCAUUUGUUUUUGUCAACCGAUGACAUUCCACAAAUCGGUUCUGGUCGAUCCGAGGUGCGGCCCGUUUUGUGUUCGAAAGAAGAUCAAGAAGCCUUAUGGGAAAAUUUGGAAUACAUCGAUGUAUUCGCAACCGACCAUGCACCACAUACCAUUGAUGAAAAAGAUUCAACAAAACCACCACCAGGCUUUCCAGGUUUGGAGACCAUUUUGCCAUUGUUAUUGAAUGCCGUCAACGAAGGAAGACUUACACUUGACGAUGUCAUCAAUAAAUUCCAUCGUAAUCCGCGUAAGAUUUUCAAUCUACCAGAACAACCAAACACAUAUGUCGAAGUCGAUUUAGACGAAGAAUGGACCAUUCCCGAGAGACCAGCGCAUUCAAAAGCGCAUUGGACACCAUUCGCUGGUAUGCAAAUCAAAGGUUCAGUUCACCGUGUUAUUUUGCGCGGCGAAGUUGCAUUUGUCGACGGAGAGGUAUUGAUUGAACCGGGCUAUGGUGAAAAUGUUCGUGAAUGGAAUACCGUUUCGAAAACGGAUUACAAACACGUUUUGGAGAAGAUUGAAAAUCUGUCGGCCGGCAGUGAUUUGUUUGAAACAAGUCUUAAAGAUUCAAAGAGCUCGGAACUAAUGAACGACGUGCAAACAAAUGAUUUCUUUGCAAAAUUACUGGCCGAACCCGUUGCUAAGCCAAAUGUACAUUUUGCAUCUAGCGAUCGUAUUAUUCGACAACCAUCACCGUUGCCAAGAGUGCGUUUGGAUUCGGCCAGUAAUACAACAUUGAAAGAAUUAGUACAAACAACAACGGCUCAAAAUACAUCAAUUCAACAUGGAUUGUAUGGAAAGCACAUUCUCAGCGCAAAUAUGUUUACUAAAGAGCAAUUGAAUGACAUCUUUGAUUUGGCACAAAUUUUCAAAACUCGCGUCGCCAAAGAACGCAACACUUUUGACAUUUUACGGGGCAAAAUUAUGGCUUCGGUCUUUUAUGAAGUGAGCACACGAACAAAUUGCAGCUUUACCUCCGCUAUGCUUCGAUUAGGCGGACAAGUUAUCUACAUGAAUGAAUCGAGUUCGUCGGCUAAGAAGGGAGAAACUCUCACUGACAGUAUUACGGUUAUGGCUGGAUAUUCGGAUGUUGUUGUUUUGCGUCAUCCAGAUCGUGGUGCCGUUUUGCAAGCAAGUCAACAUAGCCGAAAACCAAUAAUCAACGCUGGUGAUGGCAUUGGAGAGCAUCCAACACAGGCUUUGUUGGAUAUCUUUACGAUUCGUCAAGAAAUCGGAACGGUGAACAAAUUAAUUAUAACAAUGGUUGGUGAUCUGAAGAAUGGUCGCACUGUGCACUCACUUGCCAAAUUAUUAACUCUGUAUGAUGUUCAAUUGAACUAUGUUAGUCCGCCCAGCUUAUCGAUGCCCGAACACAUUACAAACAGUCCAGAAAUGAAACGAGUCAAACAAAAGGUCUACAAUACACUCGCUGAAGCAUUGCCUGAGACGGAUGUUUUGUACAUGACUCGUAUACAGAAGGAACGUUUUGACACAGAAGAGGAAUAUAAUCGUGUCAGUGGUCAUUUUGUUGUCACUCCACAUCUCAUGACCAUGGCCAAGCGCCGUAUGAUUGUGAUGCAUCCAUUACCUCGAAUCGACGAAAUAUCGAAAGAGUUUGAUAACGAUCCCCGUGCAGCCUAUUUCCGUCAAGCCGAAAAUGGCAUGUACAUUCGAAUGGCACUUUUAGCCAUGGUUCUCGGCAAAUCAGAAUAACAAUAAAGUUGUAGCAUUCUAUUUUUUUUUAUCAAAACAUAAUUGUUUAUACAAAUGAAAUAAAACCGAAUUUAAAAAAGAG